AUGCAGAGAAGCCUUGAAGCUUUCCCCAAAGAAGUCCGCUCCCAGGUGCCGUUCCUGCAAAUCAGCAAGAACGAGCACAAGACGCAGGUCGAGGCUUCCCCCGCCGAUGCCCGGACGAAGAUCUUCUACAAGACCGUCGCCAACCGGGACUUUGCACAUCAGGCGCUCCAGAAGGUUCUCAAGGAGCAUUCCCUGAAGAUCAAAGUCCCAGAGAUCAAGCUCAUCAGCAAAUACGAGCCGGUUUCCUUCGGCUUGGAUGUGCCAGAGCCGCUCAUGCGGGAGGUCUACAUCAUGAGGCCGGACAUCUCCCCGAUUCUGGGCUGGGAGACGGGGAGAGACUCCGAGCCGGCCUUUAUGGACAUGAAUCUUCAUGCGGUUCGCGAUGAGAAGACGACUCCCCAGGUGGUCUUGUACCAGUUCGAUUCCGCAGACCCGAUGAAUCCCUUGGGACUCCUCAUCGCCUACGCCGAGAGCUCGGUGAAGCCCGUAGUCUCCGACUUCGACACCUUCACCGUGGGUAGCAAAGGCUUCCGUUACGCUGGAUUUCCCGAGAAGCAGAUAGAACUGAUCCACUGGUCUCUGAAGCACACCAAGAGGCUGCUCGAAGCUCCCGACCACAAAGGAUGGACGUCCCGGUGGCUCGAGGUGUUGAAACAAGAAGCGAAUCAGGGUUUCCACCCCAACGUGCCCAAGUUCGGCUUCGGCGACGAUAUCUCCUGUAGUCUUGUGGAGGACGUCGUGCACGAAACGGAGGCCUGUGGAGCCGUGCGUCACGGCGCGGAGUGCUUCAAUUUCUACUUCCCACAGGAGCUGGACCAGGAGUUUUUGAUCGUUUGGGACGGCUUCAAAGAUCCACCGUGGAGGAACGUCAGCGAACUCGAGCUCCGGGACUUCCUGAAGAAGAGGGUCGACGACGGCUACACCUUCCCUUUCAACCCGGUCUGGCCGAUACGGGAUUCAGGCUGGUAUGAAGUUGUACAGAAGCUGAGGGCCACCAGCGAGGGCAAAGCCACCUUGGAAAGCUGGUAUCCCCCCAAGACAGGCAUUCUCGACGAAAUCGACAGAAUACGUGCGCAGCACCCCGAUGGCUUCCAGAAGCGCGAGCUGUUGCAGCACAAAAAGUCCUUCGCUGCCAAUAUUCAGGACGUGGUGGGCUGUGAGCUGGCGGACCUCGCAGAUCACGAGGUGGGCAGGUUCUUGGAUGUUUGA